AUGCGUCACAAGUGUAAGCUCGGGGUCCUGGCCGCGUUGGCGUUCAUCGCUUCGCCUGCAUCUGCCGGCUGCCCGUUCCUCUCUGGCGAAAAGGGCUCGCAAGCCGACCUGAACCCCAGCGUGGACCGUGCUCUGGGGUCCUACGAGGAUGACAGCAGCUACUACGGAGGGGCGGACUUCUCCCGCGAGACCUACGAGGCUCUUCAAGAGGACAUCACGGCCAUGUUCACCAACUCCAUGGAGUUCUGGCCGGCCGACUUCGGCAACUACGCUCCCCUGAUGAUCCGCCUCGCCUGGCACUGCAGCGGCACCUACCGCCAGUCGGACGGCCGCGGCGGCUGCGACGGUGGCCGGAUCCGCUUCAACCCGGAACGCAGCUGGGCGGAUAACAUCAACCUGGACAAGGCGCUGACGCUCCUGCAGCCCGUCAAGCUCAAGUACGGCGACGCCGUCUCGUGGGGAGACCUCAUCACCCUGACGGGGAACGAGGCGAUCCGGUCGAUGGGCGGGCCCGUGCUGGGGUUCUGCGCCGGAAGGCUUGAUGAUGCCAACGGCGUGGACAGCCUCGCGCUGGGCCCCUCUGACGAGCAGGAGGCCGUCGCUCCUUGCGCCGUGAACGGGACUUGCGAAGCCCCUCUUGGCACCAGCACGGUGGGCUUGAUCUACGUGAACCCCGAGGGGCCCUCCGGCGUUCCAGACCCCGCGGGCAGCGCUGAAAGCAUUCGGGAUAUCUUCGGGCGGAUGGGCAUGAACGACAGCGAGACAGUGGCUCUCAUCGGUGGAGGGCACGCCUUCGGUGGGUUAACGUAG